AUGGAAGCUGACACCUCCAGAGAAGACGACCAGAUUCUCAGUUUGCGAAUUGAAUUACAGAAGGUCAAACGACAACGCGAUGAAGGUCUCUCUCAAUUGUCGAAGAGGCUCGACGACUGUCAGAGGCUCCUGGUUCUACAGGGCGUGGACGCUGACCGAGAGCUCCAGCGGGCGGAAACCGCCAGUAUGCGUCUGGAGGACUUCAUGGCAAGCUGCAGUCGAGCUUGGAAGCCUCAAAGCGACUCAGCAGCGGCAGCGGGGGCUCCAUCGCCAGUCGCAUUACCAAGCAUUAGUGUGCCGGUUGUGACCCCGGUAUUUUCGCCUAGUAUUUUCUCGGCAUUUGGCGUUGAUGGUGGGGAGUCAUUUCGAUGGGAAGAAGGUAUCACCAAGGGUGACGCGACUUCAGAGGACUUACAGGCUGAAGUUCAGAAUCUGCGUCUUGUCGUUAAGCGUAUGACCGAUGAUGCAGAGGACUUCAGCGGGACGGUCGGCACUCUACGGAGCUCCUUGAAUGAAGAGCGGAAGAUGGCUCAGCGGUAUAGGGAAUCUUAUGAGCGUUUGAGUGUCAAAUUGAACGCUCUCGAAGCCGACAUUAGAGAAGAAGUCCUAGGAAGAGGAAAUGUGAAGCCGCUACUGCGUUAUCUCGAGGAGGACGGCUCAGCACAAGGUUGCUUAGCGCUGAUUCGAGAAGGCUGCUCCGAGGCACUGUCUACGACUACUAGUGUCCUGCGGCCCGACGACUUUCCCGUUGAUGCCGUUAAGUCGUGCACUGGGCCUGAUUCGGUUCAUGUGGAUCAGACAUCAGUGAGAAAUGACGAUGGAGUGGUUGGCAUCCGAGUACCGCUGCGGAGCAAGCAGACCAGUAGUGGGCCCAACGGUCGAAGGGCGGUACUCGCCGAACUUAACGAAACUCGAGAGGUGAACGGUGCGAAUGCCGCGAAGAAACCCUUGGUCCGACAACCCAGUACCCACAACGCCAGGGCUGUUCGCAACUUCAAUGUCAAGGAUGACUAUGUAUCCAAUACGACAUAA